UCACCCUCGUGCUCCUGGGGUGUAAGGAGGAGCAGCCCUCGGCAAAGAGCUUGAAGGAAAGCUUUGCAGAAGGAGGGGUUUGCAGCAUCUUCCGCAGGCAAAGCCCUGCGGGAAGGCACAGGGCUGGGGGGAGGCAGGUUGGUGCCGCAGGAGGGGACCCCUCGCUCCUGCAACGCCCACAGAGGUGACUUUGAAACGGGAAAGGGUAAGGUGGGCACGUCACAGAAAGCGUUAAAGAAUCUCCGGAAGGAAAAAGAAAAAAAAAGAGGUGGUGUUUUCUGUUUGCCCCCAUAGCUCCUGCACAUUUUCUGGGCCCGUAGCCCCUCGCAUCCCGCGUGUGACCCCGGCCUCACGCCCCCGGCCAGGAUGCCGAGCGUGCUGUGGAGCAGCCUGCCCGUGGUGCUGGGGCUACUGCUCUGGCACCCCGCCGGCGCCAGCGGGCCGUGCUGGGAGAGCAGCAAAUGCCAGGACCUCACCAGCGAGGCCGGCAUUUUGGCGUGCGCCGCGGCGUGCAGGGCCGAGCUGUCGGCCGAGGCGCCCGUCUACCCGGGGAACGGGCACCUCCAGCCCCUCUCCGAGAGCAUCCGCAAGUACGUCAUGAGCCACUUUCGCUGGAACAAGUUCGGCCGGAGGAACAGCAGCAGCGGCGGCGGCGGGGGGCACAAACGGGAGGAGGCGGCGGGGGGCAACCCGCCACCGGCAUCGCUGCCCGCCAUCCCGCCGUCCCACCGUGAGGAAGAGCAGGGAACCGGGCUGGAGCGGGAGGAAGGCAAACGCUCCUACUCCAUGGAGCACUUUCGCUGGGGAAAGCCAGUGGGACGCAAGAGGAGACCCAUCAAGGUCUACCCCAACGGGGUGGAGGAGGAGUCGGCCGAGAGCUACCCGCUGGAGUUCAGGCGGGAGCUGGUGCUCGGCAGCACCGAGGCACCGCCCGAGGAGGAAGAGGAGGAGGAGGAAGGCCAGGAGGAGGAGAAGAAGGCCGGCAGCUCCUACCGCAUGCGCCAUUUCCGCUGGCACGCGCCCUUGAAGGACAAGCGCUAUGGGGGCUUCAUGACCUCGGAGCACAGCCAGACCCCUCUAGUGACUCUCUUCAAAAACGCCAUCAUUAAAAGCGCCUACAAGAAGGGGCAGUGAUGGGGGGGGAGCCCAAGGGGCACCCCGCCACCCCCACCCCCCAUAGCUUUAGUGUCCCACUGGUAUGUGUUUCACUUAGAGAUCACUCGUUAUGUCGUUCUUAACUACUGCUCCAAACGGGUCCGCUCCCGGGUUUCACUGGGUGGGAACAGGCUAGGGAUAAAGAUGCCAACCGCUUUGCUGCACCCACUGGACACGCACGGGGAGUGGGGAUGACGCCCAGUUUGGAGCACACUGGAUGAUUUUCAUAUAUUUUCACUGAGCUGUACAAUACUGUAAAUGAUGGAUUAAAAGAAUUCUAAAAAAAAAAAAAAUAGAAAAAAAAAAUUUACAUUUUUUUGCAAGCUAACGAGGUGUCGGCAAUGUCUCUGGGGGUGCCCGGUGUUUGUAAAGGGGUAGGAAAAAAUAAUCGCCAAGUAAA